AUGCUGCCUGCUGAUCCCGAGCAUGAAACGCUCCAUACCGCUAUUGAAGACCUUUGUCGCGUCGACGUAAAAACGCUCGAUCUUGCCACUAUACCCCGUCGUCGCCUAGACACAGUCGUCGAAGAUCCGUCAGCCUCGUGUUCUACAUCUUGCGACGACGAGAAAAGGCCUCGCGUUGAUAUGCCGAUUCGCGCGCACACCCGCAAAAUACGUGGACGAACGUGUCUCUCCGUCGACCUGACUGGUACAAGUGGGGUGCUGAACGCGAACGAUGUCGCUGCGGACGAUGAUGCAGACGUUCUUUGCCUGAGACUAGUCGUGAAUCGCUCGGGCGAGUGGGCGAACGGUUUCAACCCACACUUUCUGCGCGCCUUGGCUGCGCGACAUCCACACCUCGAGGAGCUCGCGCUUGAUCAGGUCGGGAUGAGUACAGAUAGCGCGCUGCCAGGUAGCCUGGAUGAUUGGGGUCAUGCUUUCCGACAAUUCAAAUCUCUGCGGUUACUCGCCCUCGCCAGCCUCUUUGUCUUCGACAUCAGUGGCCCGCCCGUCUAUCUAUACAGCGACUCCUCCGACUCCGAACCCGCAUCAGACAGCGAAUCUGUGACCGUGCGACCAACUGUACGCUCGCACAGACGAGCUUUGAGUCUAGGCGCUCGCUCCUCCGCGACUUACGCCCACAACCUCUGCGCGCUUGACGCGUGGGCCGAUGCUUUUCUCGAUGAGCAUUUGCGAAUGCCUCCGCCGUUCGGUCAGCUCUGGUUCCUAGGCGUCCCUGGGCGCCGCGCCGGAAUCGGAUACAAAGUCAAAAUUGCCACUGAACUCGAGUGGGGAGAGGAGAAGGAAGUCACACAUUACAUGAUCUCGCCUGCCGCGGCGAGGGAGGGUCAAUGGUGGUGGGAGACGGACUGA